CAUACUCGCGGCGGAACACGCACGCGAGCGACACCACCACCCAGCUCCGGACUCCCGACUCCUUCCGCUCCUCCACUGCCCCGACCCCGAUCGAUCCCUCCUCCCCUCGCCUCGUCGCUCUCAGAUCCCCCGAUCUCCACGUCCAGCCCUCACCCCCUAAAUCCCCCGGACCCAAACCCUACCCACCACCCCCAAGCAGCCAUCAUGAUGGCCGCCGAGCCCUCGUCGCCGUCCGCCACCGCCUCCGCGGCCGCCGACGACCUCGAGACCCUCGCCCUCGACUCUUCCCACUCCUCGCCCGCCGCCGCCACCGACCCCCUCCUCCGCCCGCCCUCCUCCUCCUCCCCCAACGGCACCGCCGCCACCCGCCACGAGCCCUUCGUCAUCGACGACUUCCUCGACGACGACGAAGACAACGAGGAGGACGACGACCACGCGCCCCCGCCUCUCCCCGCUCCGGCCGCCGCCGCGAACGGCGGGGCGGGCCCCGAGUUCUCCCGGAUCACCGUCUCCGACCCGAAGAAGCACGCGGAGCCCGUCUCCGGGGCUGCCGGCGUCAUCCCCGGCUCCGGGAGCUACUUCUCCUACCUCGUCACCACGCGCCUCGCCGACGGCGCCGCCGAGGUCCGCGUGCGCCGCCGCUUCCGCGACGUCGUCGCCCUCGCCGACCGCCUCGCCGCGGCCCACCGCGGCCUCUUCGUGCCCGCCCGCCCCGACAAGAGCCUCGUCGAGGGCCAGGUCAUGCAGCGCCACGACUUCGUCAGCCAGCGCUGCACCGCGCUACAGCGCUACCUCCGCCGCCUCGCCGCCCACCCCGUCGUCGGCCGCAGCCCUGACCUCCGCACCUUCCUUACCGAGCCGGGGGCCAUUGCCGCCUUCCAAGGCGAGGCGCCGCGGCACUGGACUACCACGGUGAAUGCUGCCAUCCCGACGGCCCCGGCCAAAGCUGGGAGGGACUUGUUUGGGAUGUUCAAGGAUUUGAAACAGACCGUCGUCAAUGGGUUGGUCGCAACCAAGCCACCUCCUGUGGAGGAGGAGACUGAUACAGAAUUCCUGUCGCACAAGUCCAGGCUCGAGGACUUGCAACAGCAGCUCACCACGACGUCUCAACAGGCGGAAUCACUUGUUAAAGCUCAGGAUGAUCUUCGAACAACUACAGCUCAUUUGGGAAUGACAUUGAUUAAACUGGCAAAAUUUGAAAGGGAGCAGGCAACAUGUAAUUCCGAGAGAAGACGAGCUGGUGUUAUCCAACAUUUUGCAAAUUCUGUUGUCAAGUUCAGCAGAUCUCAGGCAAAAUUAAAUUCUGAAGUUGUACAACAGCUGGAUACUAUCCAUGAAUACUUGGAGACGAUGAUAUCUGUUAAUCAUGCAUUUACUGAUCGUUCAAAUGCUUUACAACAUGUGCAAAGUCUGUCAGCAGAUCUGUUUUUCUUGCACACUAGGGCAGGAAGACUUGAAUCUGUAUCAUCAAGAGGUAUUGGGCAGGAAUGGACAAGGUACCAGAAGAUAGAGGGAUUGAAAGAAACAAUAAGCACAAGAGAAGGAGUGAAAAACCAAGCUCUUAGAGAAUAUGAGAGUAUUAAGGAAAAUAACAUGACUGAAAUUAAAAGAUUUGACAAGGAUAGGCGUCGGGAUCUUAUUGAGAUGCUGAAAGGAUUUGUUGUAAACCAGGUCUCAUAUUCGGACCAUUUUGCUAAUAUGUGGGGAAAGGUCGCAGAGGAAACUAAAGUAUACGCGAACAGGAGCAACUGAUGCAGGCAUGCAGCUUUGGUGUACAGUACUAGUAUAGCAGUGGAUUUUGCCCUGACUCCAACACCGGCACAACCUUUCCUUUGUUCUCUCCAGUUUUGCCAUUGUGAUGAUGCAACAAUUGCGCGAUAAUUUAUUGCGGCUACCUGGUCUUGUUAUAGACAAUGGACUGAAAAAUGAGAGGUGAAACAGGAGUAAUAUUUGGUUUGAGCGCACGA